AAUAUAUUUUUUUGAAUUUAUUUUUCAGUUAUGUCUACAAACAUGUCUACAAACAUGUCUGUUUGUAGAUUAUAAUUCGCCACGUGUCUCUCCACUUGUCGUACAUUAAUUUCACUAAAACGUUUUCUCUGAAACGUUUUUCGAAUUGUUCUGGAUGUACCGUACUAAAGGCGGAAGUGACAUACAUCAUUGGAGAGACAGAUGAUCGCACAGGAUCAUGAACGGAGGAAAAUAAACUCACGGCGGCAGGAAAUGAAGAAGAAUAGCACGGGAGUGCGUUGGUGGCAUACGAGCUUUGGAUUUAGCUGCUACCCGUCACAAAACUUGCGAUCCAUUAAUCGAGGUGUUAGAGAAAGAGAGAGAGAGAGAUUCUCUCUCUCUAGAGUCGGUGAUAACGCCGAUGCCACAUACAAUAUGGGUAAUGUGACAUGGCCAUUGCUGGUGAAUCCGGUUGUUUUCUUCUUUCAAUACGCGCGCGGCUCACGCGUGCUUAAUCCGCGCCCUGAAGAUCAACCCACUUGACAGAGUAUCGUAAGGCUUCGCUGAACCACACGGGUAGAUACAGUAGCUGUGGUACAGUCCAUGUCUAACAUUUCUCUCGUGAACAAGCUUGCAACAACGGUAGGAAAGCGCUGCUCCAGGUGGAGCUGUAAUGUACGAAUGCUUAGUAAGGACACGUUAAAGAAAAAUGAAUCCAUCGGAAUCGCAGCAAAAUCUACUUUCGAACGAGGUGAGACAACCCUCGGUACAGUCGUUACAGUCACCCGUUGACUAUGUUCUCGGCCCAGUCGAAAAGCAUUUCCUACUUAGUGCGGAACGAGGUGAUUGUGCCACGGUCAGAAGGUUGAUCGAAGAAAACAAGGACCAUCCGGAUAUCUUAAAUAUCAAUUGCGUCGAUCCGUUAAAUCGAUCGGCGUUAAUAGCCGCGAUCGAGAAUGAGAACAUGGAACUUAUUAAGUUGCUGCUCGAAUUGGGGAUUGAAGUGAAGGAUGCACUUUUGCACGCCAUUAAAGAAGAGUACGUGGAGGCAGUGGAGGUCUUGCUGGAAUGGGAAGAAAAAAUACACAAGCAAGGACAGCCUUACAGUUGGGAAGCAGUGGAUGGCUCAUCAAAUUUUACAGCUGACAUAACUCCGUUGACUUUGGCGGCUCACAAAAACAAUUACGAGAUACUGAAACUGCUUUUGGAUCGCGGUGCGACUCUUCCAACGCCUCACGAUGCUAGGUGUGGUUGCGACGAGUGCGUCACUUCCAGUGAACAAGACUCCCUCCGGCACUCGCAAUCUCGACUCAACGCGUAUCGGGCGCUCACCUCAUCAUCUUUGAUAGCGCUUUCAUCGAGAGACCCACUUUUGACGGCCUUCGAGCUUUCGUGGGAACUGCGUCGUCUUAGCAAAAUGGAGCAAGAACUUCGUGCCGAAUACAUCGAGAUGCGGGAACUGACACAACAGUUUGCAACCUCCCUACUGGACCACGUGCGUACGUCUUACGAAUUGGAAAUAAUGCUGAAUUAUAAUCCUUCAGGGGACAAUUGGGACCCUGGGGAGAGACAGACCUUGGACCGACUCAAACUAGCCAUUAAAUAUAAGCAGAAGCAAUUUGUGUCACACCCGAACGUGCAGCAAUUAUUGGCCGCUAUUUGGUACGACGGUCUUCCGGGAUUCCGACGGAAAAGCAUGUUCGCGCAGCUUUUGGAAGUCGCCAAGCUCGGAGCGAUGUUUCCGGUUUACAGCACUAUAUACAUGAUGGCACCUACUUCGCAAAUGGGACUAUUUAUGAAGAAGCCGUUUGUAAAGUUUAUAUGUCAUUCCGCAUCAUAUGCUUUUUUCCUAAUGCUUCUCGGGAUGGCAUCGCAAAGAAUCGAGUAUCUGUUAAUCGAGUUAUUCGGUAACGAGUGGAUGCGAGAGAUACUUGCUGGUUGGGAGAAACGAGAACGCGGUUGCAUUCCGGGUUUUGUUGAGACAGGCGUAGUAAUCUACGUGAUAAGUUUGAUCAGCGCCGAAAUUAAGUCUUUAUGGGCAGACGGAUUACUCGAAUAUGUAUCGGAUCUGUGGAACAUCGUAGACUUCAUUCAAAAUACCUUUUAUGUAAUCUGGAUAAGUCUACGGAUUACAGCUUGGUGGAUAGUGCAGAAAGAAUACUGGAGUGGCUUGGACCCUUGGUACCCGAGAGAUCAAUGGCACGCAUUUGAUCCAAUGUUGCUUUCGGAGGGUGCAUUUGCAGCCGGGAUGAUAUUUAGUUUUUUGAAACUCGUCCACAUAUUCAGCGUAAAUCCCCAUCUCGGGCCACUCCAGAUUUCCCUCGGGAGAAUGAUAAUAGACAUUAUCAAGUUCUUCUUCAUUUACACUCUUGUGCUAUUUGCCUUCGGCUGCGGCAUGAAUCAGCUAAUGUGGUAUUAUGCAGACUUGGAAAAAAGGAAGUGUUACCAUGCAUCCGACGAGUUGCCAGAUUAUGAUAAUCAGGAGAAAGCUUGUUUCAUAUGGAGGAGAUUCGCCAACUUGUUCGAGACAUCUCAAUCUCUUUUCUGGGCAAGUUUUGGGAUGAUCGAUUUAAUGUCGUUCGAUCUAACUGGCAUAAAGAGCUUCACUCGAUUCUGGGCGCUUCUCAUGUUUGGUUCUUAUUCCGUGAUAAACGUCAUUGUGCUGCUGAACAUGCUGAUCGCUAUGAUGUCCAAUUCUUACCAGAUUAUUUCGGAACGAUCUGACACAGAAUGGAAAUUUGCGAGGAGCCACUUAUGGAUGAGCUACUUUGAAGAUGGUGAUACUGUGCCACCGCCGUUCAACGUGAUUCCUACCAAUAAAACUUUCGAAAAGCUAAUCAAGUGCGGAAAGACCAGUCGCUCGACAAGAUCUUUUAUCAAAAAGUCUCGAGAGAAAGCUCAGUCCAGACACGACACUGUAGUGCGUUUGCUGAUACGCCGCUACGUGAUGGCUGAGCAGAGGAAGCGAGACGAGUUCGGCAUCACGGAGGAUGAUGUCAUGGAAAUUCGUCAAGAUAUUUCGACCUUCCGUUACGAGUUGAUCGAUAUCCUUAAGAAGAACGGGAUGCGCACACCGUCGCUUGAUAAAGACGAUACAACUAUAUCCGGCAAGAAGGGCAGAGUGAUGGAACGUCGUCUGCAGAAGGACUUCCAGAUUGGCAUAGUAGAAGGCAUCGUACAAGCGAUCAUCCAGAGUGAGAAGGAGCCAAAGGAUGUGUUUAGUCAAAUCGCAAAGGCGAUCGGCCAUAAAGGAAGUAUUACUGGCAAGAAAGACUGGAACGCCAUGGUGAGGCAAAGUAGCGUCGCGGUGGAUCCGAUCGGCAGUACGAACGAAGCGGUUCAACGCCAAAACCGACGCAGUCUGCGUCGUCAUUUGCGGCACCAACCGGAUUCUGAUCUGGCGUCUUUGGAUCCGAAACGAUUGGUCGAGUAUAAUCCGAAUCUCUCGGAGGUCACGCCGGCUACUAGAAUCGCCUAUGCUAAGUUUAUCAUCAGCAAGCGCAAGCUGAACGAGCAGGCUGACGAGAGUGCGAGUGGUCCCUCACAAGAGACGCCGGAACAAAAUGGCAAGGCUCCACGAAGAAGUAGUAAAGUUAUGAUCGCAGAAACUGCAACGGAUACUGUUCCGCGACAAAGUCCCGUCGAGUCAACUAAGAAGAGCUCAUUAAAGUCGACUAGCGUUGACAAAUCGUCGGAAAAAGGACUCGAUGUUAAAGCAACCGAAAUCAGAUCUCCCUCACCCAUACCAGAGGAUCCCGUGGGAGAGGAAGCUGGCAAGCCGUCAACAUCAUCAGCGAUAUCUGGUCGGGAGAAGAAAGCCGAUGGAAAGGAUGAAUCCAAAAAGGAAGAUAUGCAAGAACAACGGGGGGGAGAGGAAUCUGGAGAAGCAAGCGAGAAAGACAAGUCGGAGGAGCAGAAGAGAGAAGGGAGAGUAGAGGAUAAAGAUAGACCUCAGCAAUCGGAAAGUACGCGGGGGAAUAACGGCGAUAACACCGAGACGGAGAUUUCGAAAUCGGACAAGGAAAGUGGCGAAGAAAAAUCAGACACGGGGGAAGUACCCCAGAGCGUGCCGAUCCAGACUACAAAAUUGCACGGAAAAUCAAAGGCGACUGGCCGAAUAAUGGGAGGCUGGAUUUAGAUUAUCUAGCUGGAUUUAGUUAAACUGUUUUAAAUAUAUCUUUUUGGAUUCUUUCGGUAUUUAUUAUUAAACAUAAAAAUUAUUUAUUAUUAUUAAACAAUCAUCGAAAAUGUAUUCACGUGCAACGAGCAAGUUGCAGACUGUACAAUGUCUUCGUUUAAAAACAUCUCGCGAUUACGUAACACAGUCUGGUUAAUGAGAAAAACGUUUCGCAAUAGCCGCGAGGCCUUCGCAUAUUUCACGAUACAUAUGUCACGAAGCGGACUUUCCUCGUAUGCAACGCGAGCGCAAUUUUAAAGUGUCUUACAUGACGAGAGAUACCAUUAUCAUGGAAUAUCGUUAACGAGAUUAUGAAUACAAUCAAAAUUUUUAACAUGCCUGUCAGCCUGCAUUAAAUGCAUGAACGCGAUAAGCGAGCGACAUACAUAUAAAUCAUUUACACUUACUCAUAUUAUUCACAGUAAUGUAGCGUGUGUGUACGUAUGUAUAAUACACAUGGUCAAAAUGUUAAUUCCGAUUAUCUUAUCAUACGUCAUCUCAUGCAGUGCCUUGUAUGAAUAUAUGACAAAUAUAUUACUGAUAUACAAUAAAUAAAAUCAUAUCUAAAACACUUAAAA